UUGAUGCGAAUGAAAACCAAUGAUGCGCCUGUAGCUCGACUAGCAGCGAUAUUUAUUUUAGAAUUUAUUAUAAGCGACUUUCAGUGUAGAUUAACCCUCAGCGUGGGUAUUACUUGAAUAUUCUUUUUUUUUGGAAUACGAGAUAGGAUAGAUAUGCAAUAAAUAUGAAUCUUCCUAAACGUUUGAUGUGGAAAUUGAUUCCGAACGAGGUAGGCCUGCAACGGAGGUUCUCUCAAUACCACACAAGUUCCGCUUCUUCCUCGGGAAAAGUUAGCUCAUCGAUUUCACGCAGAGAAGAAGAUUGGAUUUCUGUGCGAGAUAUCUUUAUAAAGGCAUUCCAUCACUACCCACUGUACAAAUAUUUGUCGUCCGAUGAAAGCAAACGCUCAGAAUUUCUAAAGCAGUAUUUGGAUUCUGUGUAUUAUGUCAGUACCCGUAAAAACAACUCUGUGCUCGUUUGCUUUAGCAAGUCGGCUACCGAAACCACAACGACGUCGAACUCAGAAGUGAUUAUCGGCGGAUCUUUGCUACAUCGUCCUUGUUUUGACGAAGGUGGUUGGAAAAGUUGCAGAGAUGAAGAUUUUGCAAAGGAAUAUGAACAUUUCAAUUUGAAAGAAAUUGACAAUGAUGCAUUUGAUAAACUCAAAAGAUACGAAUCCUGGGAAUCGACAGAAAUCUUACAGAAAAUUCAGUCUACUGGAAUACCUAUGUGGGAUGCAAUGUUUUACGGCAUAACUCCUAAGGAAGCGUGUAAUGGGUCAGGAAAACGAGGAUUUGAUAUCGGAGUGCCAGACCUAUACAAAUGCCAAAAACAAUAUGAAGUUGAAGAAAUGAUUCCAUACAUAGUGUCUGAGACACACGAGAGCAAUUUACCUUCUGGAAUUACACGGUUAUGCAGUUAUAUUAAUUCUGACAGAUCACCAGUUAUAAGUAAAACACACGAUAAAAUAGAAGAGACAGAAUCACUCAUUCCACGACACGGAAAUUCAAUUAGAAACCCAUUUCUAAUUCUUGGUAUCAGUCAUUGUCACCGUGCAGCAAGGUUCCACGCAAAUAAUAGAAUGGAACUGAUUACAAAACUUACGUAUAAUAUUGAUAAAGCUUAUUCAAAUGUGCCGUUUGAAGUUUAUGUCAUGCUAUUUGACCCCUUUAAAACAGGGUUAUCUAGUGAUAUUCGAAAAAGUUUUAGUUCUUAAUUGUGAACAUUUCAAUUCUAGAAUUAUUUACAACAACAAUAUAUUCAUACGAAGUUUGUUGUUAUACUAUAUAUACAGAGCGAUCUAACAUAAGACAAUGAUUUCAUGAUUGAAUAUAUGAACGCAAAUCCCAGAAUGGCUUAUAUGUGACGAUUUUACAAGAUUAUUACUUAAUUCAUACUAACAGAACAAGUGGAGGAAUUUCACUCAUUAGAAAGAUAUGAUGGCUUGUAUUAAAAAUAAAUGCAUGUUCAUGAGGUAAUCCUCAAAUUAGUCUUUCAUUUUAUCAGCCGUGGCUUAAAGAUAAUCUAUUAUUAAGUAUUUCAAUCUCGAUAUAAAGUAAAUUAGUUCGCCGACAAAACUUGGUCAUUUGUUUUGGAUAAAUUAUAAAUAAACAUGAAAAGUGACUCAACCCGUUUAAUGAGGAUUUAUUUUAGAAACCAAAUCGAUUUGAAACAUGAUUUUUGUCCCGAAAGCAUUGUUAUAUGAAUAGAACUACACAAAGCAAUUUUAUUGGAUUUUCUUUAUAACCGGUCGUGGCCAGAAGUUGGGCAUCUUAGUCCCAUCAGUAAAAUAUAUCCCAACAGUAUUUUGUGCUUGCCAUGGAUAUUGAGAUAAGUGAAAUAUGCAGCUUCUAGUGAAAACGUUGGCCUGCUAAAAUUUUGGGAAGUUGAAUAACUGAGGCUGAUAG